UCUUUUGGUAGCAAGUGCGGCAUCUCUCUCCCAGUCCCACACCUCUUUUUCCUCUACCUCUAUCCUCCUCUCCCCAUCCCAGCUCCUGAAUCACCCUGCUUAACCUUUUCUACACCAAAGGCUUUCAGAGUUCUGAGGUACCGAGAAUGAACCGACUCCUAAAUCCAGUAAACAGUCUCACUUUGGGCUAAAGCUUCACACUUUUGCCUUAAAGCCCCCAGCCCAUGCCGUGCAGACAGGUAGGGGGAGUGCAAAUACUACUGGAUCCCGAUCCCGGGCGACUGGCCACAAAGAAGACUCCAUCCAGGAUCGCCCGCUCCUGAAGAAGUACUCCCGGAGCCCUCCUUUCUGCCCGGUGACAAUUAGCCAAAGAUUAUUUCUCUUUAUUCAGAAGCAUAACAUUGCAUGCUGAUUGCAAGAAGAUGUUUCUUUGGCUCUUUCUGGUUUUGUCAGUCCUGAUUUCUGCUUCGACAAAUGCAGAUUCUGACAUAUCCGUGGAAAUUUGCAAUGUGUGCUCCUGUGUGUCAGUGGAGAAUGUGCUCUAUGUCAACUGUGAGAAGGUUUCAGUCUACCGGCCAAACCAGCUGAAACCACCUUGGUCCAAUUUUUAUCACCUCAAUUUCCAAAACAAUUUUUUAAAUAUCCUCUAUCCAAAUACAUUCUUGAAUUUUUCACACGCAGUGUCCCUGCAGCUGGGAAAUAAUAAACUGCAGAACAUUGAGGGAGGAGCUUUUCUUGGGCUCAGUGCAUUAAAGCAGUUGCACUUGAACAACAAUGAAUUAAAGAUUCUCCGAGCUGACACUUUCCUUGGCAUAGAGAACUUGGAGUAUCUCCAGGCUGACUACAAUUUAAUCAAGUAUAUUGAACGAGGAGCCUUCAAUAAGCUCCACAAACUGAAAGUUCUCAUUCUUAAUGACAACCUGAUUUCAUUCCUUCCUGAUAAUAUUUUCCGAUUCGCAUCUUUGACCCAUCUGGAUAUACGAGGAAACAGAAUCCAGAAGCUCCCCUAUAUCGGAGUUCUGGAGCAUAUAGGCCGAGUUGUCGAAUUGCAACUAGAAGAUAACCCUUGGAACUGUAGCUGUGAUUUGUUGCCUUUAAAAGCUUGGCUGGAGAAUAUGCCGUAUAAUAUUUACAUAGGAGAAGCUAUCUGUGAAACUCCCAGUGACUUAUAUGGAAGGCUUUUAAAAGAAACCAACAAACAAGAAUUAUGCCCCAUGGGCACAGGCAGUGAUUUUGAUGUAAGGAUCCUGCCUCCAUCACAGUUGGAAACCAGCUACACCACUCCCAAUGGUCACACUACGCAAACAUCCUUCCACAGAUUAGUGACCAAACCACCGAAAACUACAAAUCCGUCCAAGAUCUCUGGAAUCGUGGCAGGCAAAGCCCUCUCCAACCGCAAUCUUAGUCAGAUUGUGUCUUACCAAACGAGGGUGCCCCCUCUGACGCCUUGCCCAGCGCCUUGCUUCUGCAAAACACAUCCUUCAGAUUUUGGACUGAGUGUCAACUGCCAAGAGAAAAACAUACAGUCCAUGUCUGAGCUGAUACCGAAACCCUUAAAUGCCAAGAAGUUGCAUGUCAAUGGCAACAGCAUCAAAGAUGUGGACAUCUCAGACUUUGCGGAGUUUGAAGGACUGGAUUUGCUCCAUUUAGGCAGUAAUCAGAUUACAGUGAUAAAGGGAGAUGUAUUCCACAAUCUCACUAAUUUACGCAGGCUCUAUCUCAAUGGCAAUCAGAUCGAAAGACUUUAUCCUGAAAUAUUUUCAGGCCUCCAUAACCUGCAGUAUCUGUACUUGGAAUACAAUUUGAUUAAAGAAAUCUUAGCGGGCACCUUUGACUCGCUGCCCAAUUUGCAGCUACUCUACUUAAACAACAAUCUCUUAAAGAGCUUGCCCGUUUACAUAUUUUCUGGAGCACCCCUUGCGAGACUGAACCUGAGGAACAACAAGUUCAUGUACCUGCCUGUCAGUGGAGUUCUCGAUCAGCUGCAGUCUCUGACACAGAUUGACUUGGAGGGCAACCCGUGGGACUGCACUUGUGACUUAGUGGCAUUGAAGCUGUGGCUGGAGAAGCUGAAUGACGGGAUUGUUGUGAAAGAACUGAGAUGUGAAACACCUGUUCAGUUUGCCAACAUCGAGCUGAAGUCUCUGAAAAACGAAAUCUUAUGUCCCAAACUCUUGAACAAGCCAUCUGCACCAUUCACAAGCCCUGCACCUGCCAUUACCUUUACCACCCCACUGGGUCCCAUUCGAAGCCCUCCUGGGGGCCCAGUGCCUCUGUCUAUUUUAAUCUUAAGCAUCUUAGUGGUCCUCAUUUUAACUGUGUUUGUUGCUUUUUGCCUUCUUGUUUUUGUGCUGCGACGAAACAAGAAACCCAUGGUGAAGCAUGAAGGCCUGGGGAAUGCAGAGUGUGGUUCCAUGCAGCUGCAGCUGAGGAAGCAUGACCACAAAACCAAUAAAAAAGAUGGACUGAGCACAGAAGCUUUCAUUCCACAAACCAUAGAACAGAUGAGCAAGAGCCACACCUGUGGCUUGAAAGAGUCUGAAACAGGCUUCAUGUUUUCAGAUCCCCCAGGACAGAAAGUCAUCAUGAGAAAUGUUGCCGACAAGGAGAAAGAUCUGCUACAUGUGGAUAGCAGGAAGAGAUUGAGCACAAUUGAUGAGCUGGAUGAAUUAUUCCCGAGCAGGGAUUCCAAUGUGUUUAUUCAGAAUUUUCUCGAAAGCAAAAAGGAGUACAACAGCAUAGGCGUCAGCGGCUUUGAGAUCCGUUAUCCAGAAAAACAAGACAAGAAAAACAAGAAGUCAUUGAUAGGCGGCAACCACAGCAAAAUUGUGGUGGAGCAAAGGAAGAGCAGCGAGUAUUUCGAACUGAAGGCAAAACUCCAGAGUUCCCCCGACUACCUACAAGUACUUGAGGAGCAAACAGCUUUGAACAAGAUCUAGGUCACGAAAUCUCACUUCAUGCAGAGGACAUUUAUUUAAUGAUGAAAGUGCCUUUUGUUGAUUUCUAACUUCCAAAUACUGUGUUAUCAAUAGGCAUAGAGACAGAUGUUUCCAAGGGUGUCUCAUUAACUGUAGCUGCAAAGAUGUGUCCAGUAGAAGAGAACCUCCAAUAGAUGUUACUGCAUAAAACCUAUAUUGUGGAGUUCUGUGGGGAUACUGCAAACUCUGUUGCCAAAGGGAUGCUUUAUAUACAUAAUACACUGAAUUUAACCUCAAGAGGCAAAUCUCUUUUGUACCCCAAGGCAAAACCUUCGUCUCUUUGUGCUUUGUAAAGCGAAGUCAAGAAAACUGGUACCAGUGUUCACACCGCAGCUGGGUCCUUCAUCUUGCACGUAGAUUAAGUUGGUGGAACUGGAAUACUCCUUCUGAUUUGUGGCAUUGUAACAACUCUCUGUAAAGAUUAUCUGAAAAGUAAAACAAAAAGCAUGCAAAGAGAGAACAUUCGAUAGUAUUUGUAAAUUGAUAACCUUUAUGGCCUGCAUCUUGAAACUACUGGAUUUAUAAUGUUAAAUUGUGCAAAUAUUUGUUUCAAAUAUGCAUUACAUAAGUAUAAAAUAAAUUUGAACACUUUAAGCAUUACCUGUCUAUACAUAAAACCUAAGAGAGAAAAAAAAUUCAACGUGAGUUACAUAGCAUUUGUGGUGAUCUGAAGAAAUAUGUGACGUUUAUCAGAAUUAAACAUGGCUCAACUUAAACUAACAUUAGAGUUUGUUCUCAGUUAUGUGAAAUACCCACAAUCCUUAAAGGUUGUCCAAAAUUAGCCAAGUGCUUACCAUGUGAGCGCACCAAAAGCUAUUUUUGUAACAUAAUUCAUAUUUAUGAAGUACUUUGUAUACUAAAUAGGAAAACAUGUACUCCUUAAUAUGUAUUUAAUAUGCCUGACUUGUUUUCCUGAUCACAGGAAAUUUAUCAAUAAGUUUAAAUUUAGACAGAGACAAUAUACCAAACUGAAACUGAAGCUUAUGUGUACAGAAAUAUUCUGGACAUUGUGAUCAGGUAUAAUUUAAAAAUAAAACAAAACAAAAGAAAAAAAAAACAAAAAAGGAACAAAAUAUUAAAAAAAAAAAAAAGUUCUGUGCUAUUCUUGAGAAUUUAGCAUAUUAUCUCUUCAGAUUUGUUACCGGUUGUGCAUUUUAAAAUAGAUCCCUUAGUUUUUUAUAGUAUUGUGUCUGGAGCAGUUGCUAUUCGCCAUCAGUUGUCUUGCUUUUCAGGAUUCUAUGAGCUUAAAUCAAAUAGUUUUAAUGACAAAUAUUUAAAAAAAGUAAUGAGUAAGGUUAAUAGUUAUAUCUCGUAUGCAUCAGUAUUCCUGUUCUUUCAUCAUUCUGACUACUAUCAGAUAAUCAAAUAGAACAGUAAACAUCAUGGUUAUCUUGGCUAUCAAAGCCACACUGUAAAAUGCUUUCAUUGAUCUCAGAUUAGUUUACACUCUGCAACUACAAAUGAUAUGCCACUGUGUUUGCUUGUGCUGUUAACUGCUGAGUCAAACUUGGUCAAAGGAAAGAAAUACUUGAUAAUGGAGAUAUUUGAAGACUUUUAGGAGCUCCCGAUUAGCAGUGACAUCCUGAAACACAUUGCCUUCUUGGUCUGCCUGUGUAUGUAUAUUUUUUGUGUUCCAUCUCUUAUAAUUACUCUAUUCAUAAGUAAAAUGACCAAGAAGGUAAAUAACAUAUAUAUUCUUCAUGGAUUUCAAGUGGCAAAUGUUUUAGUACAGCUUCUAAAAUGAUAUUAUAAUUAAAGUUGUAACAGCAGUCCCUUUAUUGAUUAAUAAUUUUAGGGCUUCCUAUGUUUAUUCCAAGAUAAAGAAACAGACAACUUGGCAUUCUUGGACGUGUGUGUGUGUGUGUGUGUGUGUGUGUGUGUGUGUGUAUGCAUACAUAUCAAUAAUUGGAGAUUUUUUUAAAUAGCAAAAAACAAACAAACAAACAUAGUCUCCAUAUGUAUGUGCUGGUGCUCUCAAAACUUUAAUGUGCAGUUUUAAUUUUCAUGACAAUGUCUGUGAAAACUUUAUAUGAAUAUUUAAAAAAUACAAACAAAUACUUUCUGACCUUGAAAGAAAGAACAUGAAAAUAUGUGCCCAACAGCUUGUUUUCAUCUAUAAUUUCAUAAGGACUUUUAAAAUACCAUUACAAUGCUUGCAUGCAUCCAUGGAUUAAAGGGCUCCUAAAGCAUACUGACAGGAUAAAGAUGAAAAUAUUUCAAAUAAAGUGUUUUCAUUUAUCCUGUUAAUAAAGUGUGGAUGGAUUGAAAAACCUAAGUAGACACUAUGGGAGGAACCAGAAAGCUCCAUCCUUGAUCUGGGGAUCACAGGUCAUUGGGAUGAUGCCUUUUAUUCAGGUAAUGCUUUGAAGAUGAUUCAAGGUUUCUGCAAUUGUCAAUGGCAAGAAUACCUGCCACUAUCUCAAAGCUUCCUGUAGCAUAUUGGCUAGCUCAAACUCUUCUGCUGAAAGGUGUAUAUGUUUAACUUUUUAAAAAGUAAUUUAAGUGUAUGUGGUUAUUUGGAGGAUCUAAUUGUAAGUGAAUGACAGUAACAAAUCCUUGGUUAAGGUUGGUAUAUUUUCCUUAACUAAAGUCAUUGUGCCUACAUUAUAUAGUGUAUAGUAUUUUGCACCUGUCUUUCAUUAGUUCUACUUGUAUAUUUUAUGAUAAUGUUGUUAGACAUAAGUUUUUAGUUGAGUACAAGAGCAGUUAAAAUAUUGUACCUACAUUUUGUUGACUUCAACUAUAACCUUGAUGUUAGUUUAACCCCUGAAGGAGUGAAAUAUAUGUCAAUACAGAAUUUUUGGUUUUGAUUCAAAUAUAGAAAAUCCAAGAAGUGUUCAUUUCUAAUGUGGUCUGCCAUAUCGUGGGCUUCUUGGCACUGUAUUGUGUGUUUGGACUCUAUUAGAAUAGUUACAAAGAAAAUUAGAGCAUAUAAAUCAGUGAAGGGGUUGAGACAAUAUAUUAUGUUCGUGUAAUAUAAAUCAAGUUUUAAAUUAUUUUUUUAUGAAAUCAAUAAAGAUGAUUCAAUUAUUUAAAAAUAAAUCUUUGUGUAAUUUUAUGAGAAAGCAGCUAUUAAAAUACAGUGAUUGAAGUCUAUAAGGCAAUUUAUAUUCUAUAUUUAGUUUUCCAUUCUGCAUAAUAAACUCAAUAAAUGUAUUAAUUAGAAAAUAAUUUAAGACCAGCUUUCUUUUGUUAAUUUUAAAAACAUUUCAUUUCUUUAAGCCAUAAGAAUGCAUAAAUUAUACAGGGCAUGGCCUCAUGAGUAAUGUCAACAGGUAUUGCUGAAAUAAGAGAACACAUCUAGAAAUGUAUGGCAGUAAUCUAUAAUACCUUUUGCAUGAUUUGUACAUUGACACUGUAUGAAAUGAGCACAGUGAGGUUUUUUGUUUUGUUUUGUUUUGUUUUGUUAUUGUCACAUCCAAAGAGCUGGGGGAGAAAAUAUAUUAAAAUGUAUUUAUAAUCACUAUUUUGAAAUAAAGUAAAGAAAACACAUUGUAUUGUUUUUACCCUGAUUUGAUUAUUAGUAUUUUUGGUUAGUUUAUAUGACAAAAUCAAGUAAUGCUAUAAACAUCAAUGUAAUCACAUAAAUGAACUGUUUUAAUGACUUUUGUUUGCUUUUAGUAACAUCAAGGUAGUAGAGAAAAUUUAUUAAAUGCCAUUUUUAUGAAAGUAUUAAUAAAAUUGUUUGCUACAAUGGUA